AGAGAGAGAGAGAGAGAGAGAGAGAGAGAGAGAGAGAGAGAGAGAGAGAGAGAGAGAGAGAGAGAAUUUAAGUAAAGGAGGUUGUUUUGAAGCGUCGGGAAAAAAAAACGCAACACGCACACACCAUCACACACACCAUUAUAAAUAGCCUAGUGGCGUGUGAGCAGAGGAUGUGAGCUUUGGUGCGCUUUUGGUGAGCUGGAUAUCUGAAGAUCGACCAACCAUGGAGUUGAAGGACAGUUGCCCGGAAAGUCGCGAGUCUUACACGAUCUUCAUGGAGACGGACGCGAUCCUGCGCAACCAGCGAUCCCUCCGGCGCGAGCUGUGCAUCAGCCGCAUGCUCAUUUUCAUCCUGCUUAUCGUCUGCACGGUUUUCUCCGUCAUACGGUGCAUUCAGCAGGUUCCCGAUGGCAAGAAUAAUGACAUCAUGAACAAGGAGAAGGCAAACGAAACAUUCGCAAGAUCUAAAGCAACCGGUGAAGAAUUGAUGAGCGCAGAUGUUCAGACACCUCUCACGGCUUUCCUGACAAUCUCAGAUUGCAUGAACUUGACAAGAUCGAAGCUGACAUGGAAGUCUUAUCCUCCCACGGAUGACUUCACCUUGAUCGACGAUGGCGAGACUCUGGUCAUGCCGCACGACGGCUGGUACCGUUUCAGCCUGCAGAUAACGUACGCAGACUAUGGAAAUAAUCCCAAGCAAGGGCAGAUCGAUCUGUCUCACAAUAUCACCAAGUACACAGGCUCGUACGGCUGGAAGCCGUUGAUCGUUAAUAAGGUCUACGAAACGGUUUACAGUAAGAAACACUGGGUUAAAUCGGUCUCCUCCGAAGUGUCCCAUAUUUUCUAUAAAGGUGACAAAGUCAAGGUGCUGAGCGGAAAUGUGCCGCUCAUCGACUGUAGUGGAGACGUUUCGGCCAAAACCUUCCUCGUUGUCAAUUUUGUUUCGGAAAGAAAGGACUUAUGAACUGUUCCACAGAACAUAAUCACCAUCUAACAUCAUCUAAUCCCAUGCAUAGACUAAACUAAUCAAAGCUCCACUAACAGUCUUGCCAGCGUUGCACAGCCUGAUCAGACGGGUCUGACUCAGCUGUACUGUUCUCUCCUAUGACUUUUCUCUGUUCUCAGCCAAAACUGGGUGCUGUUGUAUUUACAUGCCUUAAUUUAGCAUUUUUAUGGUCGACGUGAUGCUCCAGAAGAUACACUGAUGGUCCACUGCCUUUAACGUGCACUAACACAUUAGAACCCGGGUGCCAUGCUAGCAUGAACUGUGCAUGAUCAUAGCUUGAGUGAAUGUAACAAAAAAAAAACAAAACAACAACAACAAAAAAAAAGCAUUACAUAUUGAUCUGUGCAACUACAAGCAACACUAACAUGAUAAAAACUAAAUGGAAGAAGGGCCAUUAAAAGAAUAAGUCUGGUUGUCUUACAAAAAAAAAAAAAGCUACAUAUGUGUAUGUCGUCUGGUGAAAAAAGUGCUAAAUGGGACUAGAAGAGGUGCUAAUGUGGGAAGAGGUGAACGGCUAACAGCCGAACACAAGCUCAGGGUGUGAAGUCGAUCCUAAGGGGAUCGUAAAAAUCGGCAAGUUGUGUAAAGUAAUCACAGGACGGACGACGUUGGCUAGGAAGCUAGAUAGAUAGACGGACAAAUGCUAGCUAAAUUGCUAGCUGCAGAAUUCAAAUGCUUAUGUUUAGCACUUUCUCUUGUAAACGCCACAUCAGUCAAAACCGUCACCUUGAACGUUUGUUGAACAGAAACUUUAAUUUGUAAAUUUGUUUAAAUAAAUAAAUAAAUAAAUAAAAAAGUA